AUGUCGAACUUUAUGCUCAACUCCUCAUCGGACAUGAACGGCAAAGAGCACGAACACAACCAAAACGAUUCUGACAACGACCUAAGUCACAUAGAUCCGAUCCCACAUGAUCUUGUGUUGGAGAUUCUAAGAAGAUUGCCCGUAAAAUCUCUUCUAAAAUUCCAAUAUGUUUCCAAGUCAUGGGGUUCAAUAAUCCGAAGCAAAGGUUUCAUCAAUUCUUGCGUCUCUAUGUCCUCGGAGCCAUCAUCACGACUUCUAAUAUAUUUCAGAAACGGUAGGUUAACAAACAAGAAUGCUGAAAACCUUUUGUUCUACUUUACCUCUUCACAAGAUCAGGAAGAUGAAUCUUCUUCUUUGGUAGCAAACCUCAACAUGACAAUGGCUUCCAUGGACGCUUAUUGCUACACACGUUCUGCUUCCGUCAAUGGUUUUAUCUGCGUUUCGCAUAAACGCAGGGUCAUGAUAUGUAACCCUAGCACAAGACAAAUCAUAACCUUACCCGAAAUCCCGGGUAAUGAUUUGAAGUCCGGUUAUAAAUACUUGGGGUACGAUCCGGUUAACGAUCAAUACAAAGCAAUGUGUAAGGUGUUGCCAACUUCUGAAGACGUUCAAGAGCACAUGGUCUUAACACUUGGAGGUGGUGAUCAAGAACCUACAUGGAGACAUAUUGAAGGAACUUGCCGGAAAUAUGUCCCUAUAACAAAAGGAAUCUGCAUCGAUGGGUUUGUGUAUUAUGGCGCAAUGACUCCAACACCAUGUCAUACGGAUAAAGUGAUUGUGCGUUUUGAUGUUAGAUCAGAGAGGCUAAGUUUUAUCAACCUACCAGCUCCAGCUAAGCACGUACAUUGGGGCUUUACUUCAAGUUUAAUAAACUACAACGGAAAGUUAGCUCAUAUAAAUAAUACUAAUGCCCGCUCCUAUGAAGAUAGACAUUAUGACUUUGUUUUAUGGGUACUACAAGAUGCCAAGGAACAUCGGUGGUCGAUGAGAUCAUGUUCGUUUGCGUUGGAUGAUUCUUUAGGAAAAGUAGCAAUUUCUUGUCAAGGCACCAACAAGAUCGGCGAAAUUAUUAUUGCCCCAAAGUUUUUGCCACGUGAGCUUCGACCUUUUUACAUUCUCUAUUACAAUGUAGAAAGCCAUCAAAUUAGAAAGGUUCAGCUUCAAGGAGUUGGUGAUGAUGAAGGUUUUAGGCGUUGUUAUGGAAUUGGAAACCAUGGUGAUUGCCAUGUCUAUAUCUCACCGGAAUCUGGUGGAAAUUUUACCUUUUUAUAA